CGAAGCAAAAGAAACUCGGAAAAUCAGAAAGUCAUUUUUCAAGAGGUGGCUGGUAAGUGCAUAUCAGAUCUCUUUGCUGACUCUUAUCUCGCUUCCAAGCCAAAUCUUCUAUGGAGCUUUUUUCUAACAAACUGAAAUUAGGGAGAUUUUUGGAACCUGAAAGAACUGUUGGCUGGGCAUGCAUAUUGACCGACAGACAAACAUAGACAUAAGGACAUGAUAGGAAUUAUAUAGUUCACGUCUGCAGGUGAUGUUCAGUCGUGAACAAAAAUCAUUCAUUCGCGUCUUAAAGGAUACGAAAACAGCCAUCAAGGAGCUGGACAACCUUGCUUCAGCAGUUUUGCUCGUCAUGGUCAUCAUUCUGUGGUUGCUUCAGACAGGAUUAUUGACGACGCAAGUUCUCAUCUUUAUUUCGUCGCAGCUUUUGCUUUUACAGUUCAUUUUUGGGGACUCUGCCAAACGCGUGUUUGGAGCUAUCGUGUUUGUAUUCGUGAUGCAUCCAUUCGAUGUGGGUGACCACUGCCUUGUCGAUGGGGACAAGUUGGAGGUUGAGGAAAUGAAUAUCAUGACUACUGUCUUCCUGACAAAGGACGGUGAAAAGAAAUCUUACCCAAAUUCAGUUCUGGCCUCUAAACCCAUCAGCAACUACAGCCGGAGCGCAAACAUGAGCGAAUCUUUGGAGUUCGUUGUCGAUCUCUCCACUUCAGUCGAGAGCCUUGAAGCUUUGACAAAUAAAAUAAGAGAGUACAUAGAAAGGAAGCCGAAACACUGGCAUCGGGAUCACAGUAUUGAGUUUAAGGGGAUUGCGGAAGUUGACAACUCGAAGGUCUUGAAGAUGGCUCUCCAUGUCACCCACACAUUGGAUUUCCAGGAGGUCAUGGAAAGGACCAACGGAGAUCCGAGCUCGUGCUGGAGCUGAAGAAAAUUUUCGAAGAACUCCAUCUCAAGUAACGCGUGCUUCCUCAGUAAUAUUCAUCUCAGUUAGAAUGGGUCAGCGGCAGCUACUGUGCAUGGUUGUGACGACUCCAGGAGCGAGGCGUUCCCAGU